AGCGGAGACGACCCGAGCCGAGCGGAGCCGAACCGAGCGGAGCCGAGCGGAGCCCAGCCGAGCGGAGCCGAGCCCAGCCGAGCGGCUCGGUGGGGAACGCACGGCGCGGCUCGGGACGCAACAUGAGGGGGGCGAGGUUGUUUCGGGUGCCGCUCGCCCUGUCGGCGCUGCUAUCGCUGCUGUUGCUCGUGUCCUGUGACUUCUGUGACGUGAACCACUGUCAGAAUGGGGGUACCUGCCUCACUGGGAUUAAUGAGGCCCCUUUCUUCUGCAUUUGCCCUGAGGGCUACGUUGGAAUUGACUGCAAUGAGACAGAGAAGGGGCCCUGCCACCCCAAUCCUUGCCACAACAAUGGUGAGUGCCAGCUGGUCCCAAACCGGGGCGAUGUCUUCACUGACUACAUCUGCAAGUGCCCUGCGGGGUACGAUGGGGUGCACUGCCAGAACAACAAGAAUGAGUGCUCCUCCCAACCUUGCAAAAAUGGAGGCACCUGCCUGGAUGUGGAUGGAGACUACACCUGCAAGUGUCCUUCUCCAUUCUUGGGGAAGACCUGCCAAGUCCGCUGUGCUGUUCUCCUGGGCAUGGAAGGAGGAGCCAUCUCUGAUGCCCAGCUAUCAGCAUCCUCUGUCUAUUACGGCUUCCUUGGCCUCCAGCGCUGGGGGCCAGAGCUCGCCCGCCUCAACAACCACGGCAUCGUCAAUGCCUGGACCUCCAGCAACUACGACAAGAGCCCCUGGAUCCAGGCCAACCUGCUGCGGAAGAUGCGGCUGAGCGGGAUCAUCACGCAGGGCGCUCGCCGUGUGGGACAGCAGGAGUUUGUCCGCGCCUACAAAGUCGCCUACAGCCUGGACGGGCGGGAGUUCACCUUCUUCAAGGAUGAGAAACAGGAUGUAGACAAGGUUUUUGAGGGGAACAUGGACUAUGGCACCAUGCAGACCAACAUGUUCAACCCUCCCAUCACGGCCCAGUUCAUCCGCAUCUACCCAGUGAUGUGCCGCCGCGCCUGCACGCUGCGCUUCGAGCUCAUCGGCUGUGAGAUGAACGUGUAUUUCAACACGGCAGGUUGCUCGGAGCCUCUGGGCAUGAAAUCCCGCCUCAUCUCCGACCAGCAGAUCACAGCCUCCAGUGUCUUCAAGACCUGGGGCAUCGAUGCCUUUACCUGGCACCCUCAUUACGCUCGCCUGGACAUGACGGGCAAAACCAACGCCUGGACAGCCCUGCGCAACGACCAGUCCGAGUGGCUGCAGAUUGAUCUCCGGGACCAGAAGAAGGUGACAGGCAUCAUCACACAAGGAGCCCGUGACUUUGGGCACAUCCAGUAUGUGGCAGCCUACAAGGUGGCCUACAGUGACAACGGCACGUCCUGGACCCUGUACCGGGAUGCCCAGACAAACAACACCAAGAUCUUCCAAGGCAACAGUGACAACUACUCACACAAGAAGAAUGUGUUUGAUGUGCCCUUCUACGCCCGCUAUGUCCGCAUCCUGCCCGUGGCCUGGAACAACCGCAUCACCCUGCGUGUGGAGCUGCUGGGCUGCGAUGAGUAGGCACGGGGAAGAAGGACGGGGCUGCUCUUCCCCGCUGCCCAGCCUGCACCCUGCCUGUCCCUGCCUGUUCCUGCUCUGACCUCACACCCCCCUCUCCAAGUCCCCACACUCAGGAGGAGGCCAAGAGGGCUCCCCUGCCCCACGUUGGUGAUGGGGCUGCAGCACUGCACUCGAUGGGGCCCUUGCAGGUGGGAUGUGGGGACGGCUCCUGCCCUCUUGCUGCUCCAGCCAGGGCUGAGACCCCCUCCUGCAACUGGGGCUUUCUUAGGAACACCAUCCUGCAAAUGAGGCCUUGCUGGGGGACCCUCUCCUGCAACCAGGGCUUGGCUUUAUCUUCUCAGCUAAACCUGGGGACAAAUUUUCUCCUUGCUCCUGCUUCCAGAAGAGAGGCUGCAGCCAGUGGCAGUCCCUUGUCUGGACUGUGUCUUGGGGCUCAGCAGUUUUCAGGGUCUUAGGGCAGGCUCCCCUGGCUUGCAGCCUUUAAUGUCCCUCCUGCUCCCUGCUUGUCUGCAAGCAGGGGCUGUGAAAAUCCUCUGAAAAAACUCAGCUGCUGUCCCCUGCCCAUUUUGCCAGGCCCUGAGUCUCCUUGCCUGCGAUGUCAGCACCACAUUGUGCGAGUGAUGAGACGGCUCCUGUCAAGAGGCACCAAAUCCCACUGAUGGUGGUUCUACCUGCUGGGCACUCUGGCAGGCACCACAGCGGGUAUUUUGGCAGGCACUGUCCAUUCUCCUUCCUGGGAUGCCAACUCCAGCAGCCUCCCAAGUCUCAACAUUGCCAUCAUUCCCAGCUUACUGCAAUUUGGGGUGCCUGGCUGUCCCUUGUCCUUGUCCAGUGGUGACCAGGGGGACUGUGAUCUGAUAGUGGGGAGAGUUGGUUUGUAGCCAAAAGGAUGUGGAGAAAAGAUGGGAAAGGGGGUAGUUAAACCACCCAAAUGCAGUGGGCAGAGAGCUGUGCCAUGACCCUUUUUGUAACCUGAUUUUUUUUCUUUUACAUGGGGUGGAGGGGAGCCUUUUGCAAUGCUCGAGCCCUUGGGAUUAGCAGUAGGAGAUGAGUGAGCCCCAGGUGGGAGCACAGGCAGGCUGUCCUGGGCUGGCAGCGAUUCUUCCCCUGCCUGCUGGGAUGUGAAGCAGCCGUGGGGAUGGGCUGCCAGUGGGUUUGCUUUGGCAAGGGCUGAGGGAGCCCAGGUGGGAUGGAAGCGAUGGCCCCACUCUGGGGUGUCUCUGACAGUAUUAAAACCAGCUGAAACUUU